AUGACCUUUUUGGAUUUAACGUUAAAUAAGAGAAAGACGACCAAUUUCAAUACACCACAGUCUAAUCAUACGACUGUGGAACAGUCAAGUCGUAGUGCAGUUCUCAUUGAAUCGUUACUUGGUCGAUUUGAUUCUAAUGCAGACUUUUUCGCAUUAGUCACUCCUGGUGUAGAUCGUCAUCGUAUGCGAAUAUUUGAUACGCAUACUGGAAAAGUCAAUAAUGAUUUCUUUUCGGAAGCAGAAGAAAAAUUUAAUUGCUUGACCUGGGGAAAACUUUAUGAAAGAGAUUUGAAUGGAAAAGUUGUAAGUCGUAUGAGGCAUGUUAAUUGCGGAGAUGCAGAUACACCUUCACCGAAUAAGAAAAAGAAGCCUUUACCCAAAAAUAAACAAAGCAUUAAGGUCGUUGCGCUAGGUUCACAAAAUGGAACAAUCGUAAUUUAUUCAACUAUACAUGGAUCUGCCAUAAAAACCUUAAGUGGGUCACAUACAUCACCUGUCAAUGACUUUGUUUUUACUAAGGAUGGUAAAAGGGGAUAUUCUUGUGGUGAAGAUAUGAACAUUGUAGAAUGGGAUAUCGAUAAUGAAAAAGUCAUUAGUAAUUGGAACGUUGAUUCACAAAUGGCAAAGUUUAAACUUGCUCUAUCACAUGACGAGACUAAAAUAUUAUCCGCGGGGCAUACUAUUAAAAUGUGGGAUCUGCAAUCCAAGCAAGUUCUCAAGACAUUUACUGGUCACGCAACCAGAAUCACUAAUAUUAUGUUCUCUGCGAAAGAUGAAAUAUGUAUAUCUUCUGCCGAGCAUGAUCGAUAUAUAAAUAUUUGGAAGUUUCUGGAUGGAGAUAAUGAUAAUGGCAAUCCGGCUGCCUUAAUCCUGGAUGAAAACAUCACGGAUUUUUCAAUUUCUAAAGUUAACACUGUUUUAGCAGUCUCUGAGACUGGUAUAUUACAUCUAUUUAAGCAUACAACAAAUUCGGCAACAAAUGACAUAACGUCUCCGAAUAAAAAAAAGAAACGGGUUUCAACUCGAACCGCUGAUAGCAAAAUAAAAUUUCUUAAUGAUGAUGAUUCGGGUAUAAUACCUAUCCUUUCUGCGUGUUUUGUUGAUGAAGAAAGCAAAGGAUCAGGUUAUGUAAUGGUUGCUCGAGGGAGUACUGUGAAACCUAUUUUUGAAAAAGUGCAAUUCACAAAUACACAUGGUGAUGUAAUUUUGCAAGAUAUAACAUUAACACGUCAUCACCCGACAGGAUUUUUAAUGAACGAAUCAAAUUUGGCUGCCAGAAAUCUUCAAGAAACACAAAAAUCGUAUGAUGAUUCCAAAGCCAAAGUGUCAGGAACGUUGAACUAUGAAAUAAUUUCCGAUAAUGACUCGGAAAAUUCAGAUAAUGCAAACAAAGAUAAUAUAUUAAACUUAAAAGACUUGAAUAUAGUUGAUGUUGGGAACACUUCAAACCAGAAACCAGAAGUUGAACAACACAAAUUCAAAAAACUUGCCGGACACUCCAUGCAACAAAUACUGGUUCAAGCUUUACAUUCAAACGAUAAGCAACUACUUUUAACCGUAUUAAGACGAGAGGAACUUGACAUAAUCAAUAAUACUGUGAAAAAAUUACCGACAAAGUAUAUUGUACCAUUUCUAGAGAAGGCGAUUGCUAGGUUUCAAGAAAAACCUAAUACAGGAAUGUGUAUUCUGCAAUGGAUUAAGGCAGUUUUGUUAUUUCAUAUGGCUUAUUUAAUGACGAUUCCAGAUUUGACUCGCAAACUUUCAAACUUUUAUCAAACAUUAGAUGCUCGUUCUGUGUCAUUCCAGAAAUUAUUAAAUUUUUAUGGACGUCUCGAUUUGGUUAUGAAACAAGUAUCAAUGCGACAACAAGUAGUUGAAAAUAAUUCUAAUAAACCUAUAUUGUCUUAUGUUGAGAAAGAAUCUGAUGAUGAGCCUGAGGAAGUAUUUACAAACCAUGGUCUACCAAAUGGAGUAAAUGAAGAUGAAGAUAAGGAAAUGGCCGAUGCAUAUCUUGUAUAUUUAACACCAGAUCCUCCACCAGAAAAGAAAGUCGGCAUUAUGAAGACUGUCCAAGCUUUAUAA